AUGGAAGUAUUUCAAGAACUGCGCACAUUAGAACAGCCACUUCAAAGUCUCUACACAAUCACUGAGGCAGUGCAACAAACCGUCAGGCAAAUUGAACGAGCUACCUACAUGUCACGCAGUACUGAUCAAGGCCUAAUCACAAACUGGUACAAACCGCCCGCCUCGGAGAUCCAUGACCUCAGGGAAAGUGAUCAUCAUUUUGCUCAAAAGCCGCAAGAUCAGUCCCAGCAAAUCUUUGAUGAAAACUGUGUAGACCAGACAGAGCACAUUGGGAUGCUGCAAAGUGUGAGCCGUUUAGGCAAGGCCUUUACAGAUCGGCUCAAAGCCUCCUUCUUGUUCCAGUUUCACAGUGAUGGAAGCUCUUAUGGCACACAGUUAAACCUAAUUAAUAUUCUUCUGGUAAGAAGUACCAACAAUUUUCAGGAGCUACUUAAUGAGCUGCGGAUCAAUGACCUACUCUCUGAUGUCACUAUGCUGGACUUGAGAAGAAAGGGUCAAAAAUGUCUGGAUGCUUCCUACAGUUUGAGCGACCUGUUAACCAAUGACAGCUUUCCUGUUCAGUGGAAUACUGUCCUCCAACUUCGGAACUCUACUGCGCACCAGAAGUCGGACAAUGUGAUAUCUCUGCUACAGACAAUGUUGCUUUCUACUGACGCGCACUUGAAAAGGCUCAGCUUAGAUUUUGCUAGACUCUAUAAGGAAAAUCAACAUCUGGUGAAAGAAAUGCGCACGUUGAUCCCCUACCAAAUUUCGGUCGAACAGAGGUACAGGUAA